AUGGUUGAAUCUCCCAGAAUUAGGUGGAGGCAGAGAAUCGCCACAACAGUGAUCAGGAGCUGCAAGAGCCGACGGGUGGCAAGGAAGGAGAAGACUUGGGGUUUUUGCUCGAUUCCACCUAAACCGAAGGAAGAGCUUGGUGUGUUUGGACAAGGUUGGGAGAGACUAGCAAAUGUCUUCAAAGCAACUGAGACAUUUAAAAAGCAUGUGGCAAAGCAGGCAAAAGAUUAUCAGGGCAAUAAGCCUGCUAAAGAAGAAACACCUGCUCAAGCUGAUGAUAGCAUGAACCUCAAGAUGUGGGCAUUCUUGUCAAUCUGGAAUUUGAUCAGUGAAACCUUUAACUGA